AUGCAAGUCGCUGCUACCGAUAUCGACCAGGUGUUCGCACACACCACCAACCUAGCCUCGUGCAACCUAAACAGCAAGAUCCUAGCCUGCUCAAACGACUACUUCGCUUCAGCCGAUAACCUCCUAACCCCCACUCCCUCCAUCUCACGCCCCGGCGUCUUCGUCCACACCGGUGCCUGGUACGAUGGCUGGGAAACCCGUCGCCACAACCCCGAUCCCUACGACUGGGCCGUGAUUAAGCUCGGCGUCGCCGCAGCCUACAUCCACGGCGUCGAAGUAGACACCGCACACUUCAUCGGCAACUACGGCGAGAAGGCAGAGCUACAAGCUACACACGCACCAGAAGGUAGUGGUGUCACGGAUGCCCAAAUUGCAGACCCCAGCUUCGCCGGCUGGAAGACUCUUCUCCCCGCUUCGCCUUGUGGUCCCUCUCAGCGCCACGGGUGGAAGUUCGACACCGAGAUCAGCCAAACUCCUUACACUCACUUCCGUUUGCUGAUGUACCCCGACGGUGGCUUCGCCCGUCUCCGUCUUUACGGUCACGCUAUCCCCCCUCCUGCCCCGGCCAUACAGGCUGCUUCGGCACCCAUUGAAGAGCUCUCGUCUGCUCUCAAUGGAGGUGUGGCUCUUGCUGCCUCCGAUGAACACUUCACCCCCUCGUCUAACAUCCUACUUCCUGGUCGUGGAAAGGAUAUGGGUGAUGGAUGGGAAACUGCUCGCUCGCGCGCUGCUGGCCACGUUGACUGGGCUAUUGUUAAGCUGGGUCUUCCUGGCUCGGUCUCCAAGGUUGUUGUUGACACCAAGGACUUCCGUGGAAACUUCCCUCGUGCUGUGCGCGUGCACGGCUUGGUUGCUGGCGCUGUUGGUGACGGUGUGCCCUCCGCCGAUGACGCCAACUGGGUUGAGAUCGUCAAGGGUGACAAACGCUGCCAGGCAGAUACCGAGCAUGUCUUUGGGCCGGAUGAUCUCACUGCUGGUGGUGAAGAUACUCGGGUGUUCAGCCAUGUCAAGCUGACCCUUGUUCCUGAUGGUGGUGUCAAGCGAUUCCGCAUCUUUGGUCGUCGCGCUUAG